UGCCACGGGGCUGCGGCCGCUGCAGGAAUGUGGGCGGUUGGUGACCACAGGCGGGUCCCAGGGGACGCGGAGCCCGCACUCCCGCACUCCCGCCCUCGGCACCCAGGCGCCCGCAUCAUGCUCCCGCUGCUCCUCCUGCUCCUGCCCGCCGCACACGGCAUAGACCAGGUCGGGCCCAGGCCAGCCCUGACCCAGGUGCAGCUGGAGGGGGUGACGACCGCCUCCACCUUCGUGCUGGACCAGCCCCACUGCGUCUUCAACAACUACAGCAACGCCAUCAUCUGGCUGGUGGUGGCCCUGGACAAGGAUGCAUUCGCCUUCAACAACAGCGCGGGGCCGGGCACUAACGAGACCGCAUUCCAGAGCUUCCCUGAUCCUGUCCAUGCCUACAUGACCCUCAACGCCACCCUGGACAGCUACCCCUGCCCCAAACCGGCCGGGGACAUCACGGUGCUGCGGGUGGGCAGCGAGACGAGCUGUGCCCAGGAUAACACGAGACCCACGUGCAACGGCCCCCUGCCCGGCCCCGGGCCCUACCGGGUGAAGUUCCUCGCCCUGGAGGGCUCUGUGCCCGUGGCUGAGACAGGCUGGUCGGCACAAAUCACGCUGAGGACAGCCAAAUCACCCAACAGCAUCCCCACGACGAGCAGCGGGCACAGCGCCGGCAUGAUCGCCAUCACCACCAUCCUCUCCAUCCUCUUCGCCAUCCUCCUGGCCGGACUGGUGGCCAUGCUCGUCUUCUGGGGCUCGGACUCCUGCGACAGCAGCAUCUUCAGCAAGCAGGAGUCGGUGUCGGUGCGGCGGUACAACACCCACCACGUCUAUGACCAGCCGGCCGCCCGGCUCUGAGCCCCCGCCGCCCCCCGGCACCGCCGCCCCUCCCGCGUGCCCCCGGUGCGGGGGUAAAUGUGACCCGCAGAGCUCCAUCCCCGUGGGUGACACCGCCCGUGGGUGACACCGGCCCGCCGCCGCGGGGACACGGCACGGGAGCAGUGGAGCGGGACAUUAAAGGCUUUUCCUCAUGCUUUGUG